AUUCCUCAAAAGUCAGUAAAAUUAUCCAAAGAAAUGAAAAAUAUUCGAGAAACCCAGACGUUGACAAGGAGAAAGCAAUUUACCUAAAAUCGAUUGAUUUAUCAGAGAAAUACGCAAGAGAAUUGUGAGCAUGAUCUCCAGUGCCACCCAGUGAUGGAAUUAAAAGUGCAAUAUCUAGUGCCUUAUUAACAAAUAGAAAUAAACCAAGUGAAUGAAGAGCGGCGAAUCCCUCGAAAAAUUGCAAUAUAUUAAUAUAUUUUACAUAGAAUUAUUAGUUAUCACGAAUGUUACGCUGAAUCAGAGUCUAUACUGUUAAAUAAUCUAUUGAGGUAAACGAAGAAAUAUAUUUUGGAGGAGGCAAAUAGCCGGCAAUCAGUGUUAAGAGAGAAAAGUUAGUAAUUAACUUGAUUGAUGACUUAUCAAACCGACGGAAAACAAAAUUGGGUAAUUUAGCGAUUCAAGAGAUGAAAUUGCGAGUCUAAAUCAGUGCCAGAUGAACAACAUCCACAAAGUAAAUAAAUAAUCCCCAAAAUUGUCGUUGCAAGUGCUAUAACAAAGUCACAGUAUCAAUGCAAUUACCCCCCAUGAUUCGCUGAAGCAAAAUUCCCCAAAAAAUCAGGUAAAGAAAAAUGUCCUGUAGACUUCUCUCAAAAAUUGCCCUUUCAAUGAAUUUCCGGAAACCCCUGCACUGGAUAUAUAUCCACUAUCAUCCAUCUCAAGACUAACAGUGAGUACUCGGUUCAUUACUCCGUUUAUAGGAACAUAUAUUUUUAAAAACGACCAUCGAGGGAAGUAAUCCCCUCCCCAUUCCCCCACCACUUAUCCCUCCCUCCGCCCCUCGAAAAUAGACUCGUCCACCUCCCACCACCCUUCCCCAAGGACAUUAAUUAUCCCCCCAACAAACCUCACCCCCACAAAUCUUAUAAAAAUAAUAAUCGCCAGAAGUCGCCCAAUAAUCACCAAAUCCCUCAAAAAAUACUCCCACAACAAAACAAUAACCAAUAACUUCUCCAUCAAAUAAAUGAAUCCUCACCAUCGACUUGGACUCAGCCAUUUUGUGGUGGAGGGAUGGCAGGGUAAUCUCGUCGGGUGUUACGGUGGAGCCACUGUUUGUUUACCCGGUCAGCGAUCACUACAGUUCUCCUCGUGAAGGCGGGAACACCACUUCCAUCACUCCCCCCCUCAACAAACCAAAAAUCACAUCACAUUCUCCGUCAAACUCCGAUCCCAAAAAGUGAAAAAUCAAUAAUAAAAUUCGAUGUCAUCGUAGUGGUUGGUCAAUUGUGUAAUUGAGUCGCAUAUCGCCCUGUCCGAUUGCCCGCCAAUACCAGUUACAGAUACAAAAGCGGGAAUAUCACGUGACUACGAGCCACCAAUGGAGCUCAUGGGAUUUGAAAAUCGUGCGUGGUCUUUGUUCACGAGUCUACCGUCAACGUAACUUCAGUUCCGUGAAGGGGCCCCUGUGUCGGUGAUCCGUUUUAUGGUAGUCUGGAGACUGGCAAUAUCCAAAUUAACGUUGUUCCACCGUUACAUGUGUUAAAUUUGUGAUUUUAACGGAUUAUAUCGCCAUUAACGAGUGCCAGCAGCAACGCAUUUUCUUUCUCCGAAGUUGGAACCUUGCGCGAUGUCUGUCACGUGGUCUUAGUUGCGCGCUGCGCAUGCGUCCCACCAGCAUUUCGAGUCGUUUGAAUGUUGGAUACAGAGAGUAGACACAGUACUGGGCUAGAUCAGGGACCUACGAGGGACCCUUGGCUCACAAUGGACUAUUACCUCGGUACAGACAGUCUAUCCUUACAAGAGAUGCUCGAUGUCGAUAUUAAAUGUGAAAUUGAAGGUGUCAUCGGUGGACAUCCCGAGUUGGGCUUCAAUUUCACGGAUUUAUCACCACUGGAGAUGGAUGAUGACCCUGUGGGCUGCCAGGGGGACAUCAACGGAUGGUUUGGCUCCGCUAGUUUACUCAAUGGCAACAGCAACAGUUCACACAGCAAUUACAAUCUUGAUAUCAGUGGGGGAGAUGCUGCCUCAAUAAUGGUAAAUCCAAAUUCUGUAAUGCCACAUAUCGCCACGAGGUCUCCAACGCCCAACGAAAUCCAGACAUCAUCGAUGUUAAAAACAUCCGCCACAACGAUAAUACCAUCGAGACGGAAUUUUCUCAUAUCAACGAAGAACGCCCCGAAGAAACCGAAGAUCGAUAUCGACCACCAUGAAACAGCCAGUGACAAAUACGAGAACGACAUAACAGAAACCGAGGAUGAGGAGGAUUGCGAUGAGGAUGAGGUGGAUGAUGACGACGAUGAUGAGGAGGAGGAGGAGGAAGAAGAAAUUGACGAUGACGAAGUGGAGGAAGGCGAGGAGGUUGACGAUGUGGAUGAGCCAGAGGACUCCGAUGAAGAGCACGAGAGUAAAAUGAAUAUUGGUACAGCAAGAAUAAAGUGCAAACCUCAGCAACAACUCGUGAAUAUAAACUCAGGAAUGAUGAAGACUGUGUCACCGCAGACUGUUGACAAAUCACCGACAAAUCAAAAAGUUCAUUCUUUCUCACACAUAAGAGUUGGUAAUUUCAAACUCGUUCACAGCCCCACCAGCCAGACAUCCCACCACGUCAGAAAACAGAUGUAUAAUAAUAACACACAUCAUCCUGGAAGUGGUGCUGCGUCGUCGCCACCGACAACGAAAAAAGAAUUUGAUCCUCUGGAGUAUGAAGAUAAACAUAUUUAUCCUAAACCAGCGUAUUCGUAUUCCUGCCUCAUCGCAAUGGCUCUUAAAAAUAGUCAAACUGGAUCACUGCCAGUCUCCGAAAUUUAUAAUUUCAUGUGUGAGCACUUUCCAUACUUCAAGACAGCCCCAAACGGCUGGAAGAACUCAGUCCGUCACAAUUUGUCCUUGAACAAGUGUUUCGAGAAGAUAGAGAAACCAGCGGGCAAUGGUAACCAAAGGAAGGGCUGCCUCUGGGCGAUAAAUCCUGCAAAAGUGGCAAAAAUGGACGAGGAGGUGCAGAAGUGGUCGAGGAAGGAUCCUUUAGCGAUAAAAAAAGCCAUGAUAUAUCCCGAUCACCUGGAGCUCCUCGAACGAGGUGAAAUGAAGUACGCUGGCAAUGGUGAGGACAUGUCAGAGGAGACUGAGAGCUCUGGAGAUGAAACCGCCGAGGAGAACGUACCUUACAGUGAACCACCACUUGGCCACAUUGCUGCCAACUCCGUCACCGACAGUUACGACGAAAGUAGUCAGGAUUGCGAUGUUGACAUUACUGAGCAUCUCUACGAUGACCUCGAAAUCGAGGAGAACAAGGAGGCCCUUCACAUGCAACUCAACAUAUCGAAACAAAAAUCAUUCGAGUAUGAACUUAGUCCGAGUACAAUGAAGAGACAAAAAACAGUGACUGGUAUAGAGGGAAAUUAUGUCUAUCAAUCUGUGACACCAUCGCGCAGGAAAACUCCACUACUCGUUAGAACUGCACCGACAACCGGUGCUUUUCUUAAAAUAGAGUAAAUUGUUUAUACUUUAUUCUCCUCGUCCUCUCUAAAUCGAUAUAUGAAAAGAUCUCACUGGGAUGUGGAGGAUUUUUUUUAUGCACGAAUGGUGGCACUCACGCAUAAACGAGAAUUCUCUCAUUAAUUCCCGUUCCCCCUUGACCCACCCCUCCUCCUCCCCUUCCCUCCCCCAUAAUUUUUAAUAAUUGAAUUAUAAAUUAAUAUUUUUGUACGUACUCAGGCUGUGUAAAGAAAAUGCAAAAAAUUAAACUUUUUUUUCUACUUGAAUUCGUGUAACUAUACAUUAUACGUAGAUCAGCUGUCGAUUUUUUAUACCAUCUUUGUCAUAAAGAUUAUUGAAACGUAUGGUUAAUGAAAAGGAAUGUCAAUAUGAAAUUUUAUACGCGUUUCAUGGAGCCAAUUGGCUGUCUUUUCCAGUUGAAACAUUAAGCAUUGAGAUAAAAAAAAGUGUUACAAUUUCUCAGGAAAUAUAAUCACAAUCAGAGUUUAUUUGAGUUUUGUGCCCAUUGGGGUUUUGCAUGAGAGGAAAUAUUGAAUAUGUAUUUUUUUUAUUCAAUAAAAAUACGUGUUUAAUAUUUUGCAGUAAAUUUCUGUAUUUCAUUGGCUAAAAAAAUUAUGCAAUACCCCAUCGCACUUCUAUUCCCAUUCUACGUGGAGAGAUACAGAGAGGGCGAUGAGCUUCUAACAGGUUCGAUAAUUGUAAAAAAAAGUUGUGAGAACAAAAAAAGAAAAAACACAGUUCUUCCUCGUAAACAAUUAAACUGAAACGGUUUUCAGUUGUAUAUUCAUCAAGUUCACUUAAAACUUAUUGUAUAUGAUUAGUCUCGGCUGUCAGCAUAGAUUUAUAAAUUCAUGUAUCACUCGAAUUCCUCAGUAGAAUCGUCAAUCCAUUCAGAAUCCGCUACUCGCUCGAAAAACAACAAGAACAAUUACGCUAUUCAGUGUGUUUCACGCAAAUGUAAUUCUUCAAUGCAGCGAUUAAAAUUUAUAAUCAUUAUUAAGUAUUUGGACAGCCCCAAAUGGCCAGACUGAUGUAUUAUAACAUACUUUAUAUAUAAAACCUAUAUACACUGGGUAUAUAAACUUGAUUAAUAAAUGUAAAUGAUUUUCGCAAUUGUAUACCUGAAAACGAUAAUUGCUAGGGUUUUUUUUUUCAUUUUUCGCAGACAACAUAAUUAGUACAAAUACAUACUGCAUAACAGUCUAUUGAAUCUGAAUUGUAUAGGAUCAAUAAAUGACAAUGAGAAAUAAAAAUGAAACAA